AUGAUCAGAGAAUGGGAGAACGGCUGUCAGAAGGUGGGAAAGCAGAGGACCCAAGAAAGGAAGGCUGCUGAGGGCACGUGGAGUAAGAACGGAACGCCGGUCAGAAUAUGCACCAUGAACGACUCCUUUCGGGAUAAAGACUCCCUGUGCUGCCAACCGGGUCUAUGCUCUGCUUCGCCAUUGGAGAUAUGGACCAAAUUCUACAAAUCAGAUCCACGCAUUGCCCUUGGGAAAUACUCCCCCUUGGAGAAAGAGAUCCUACGUCUGGGUGGUGUUCACACCAUAGCGGCCAAGAGACUGCUGACUCACAAGCAAGAGGAAGAAUGGAAAAUGCUCAAGGAGCUCCAAUCACUGUCUUCGGACUAUAAGCGGGCGAUGGAGUAUAGAACCCAGCACUCCCCUCCCUGUGCCACCUGUAGGCACCUAGAAAAAAUAUGGACGGCAAAGGUGAUCGUGCUCCCAGAGGAGUUAAGAAUGCCGCAGCGUGAGAAACUCACCAUCAUCAAACACGUAGAACGGAUGCAGCUUGCUCGAGCCCUCAGAAACCGACAGCUCUUGCCCUACAUCGAGAGGUUUCGGGGCUCUGCCUUUCUGUCUGGAGGGGGCCUGACCCCAAAGGCCAAGGACAAGACGAGGGAAGACGAGGAUGACGGGGACGCUGAUUUCUGCUGCGACGCCAAGCAAGAGGAGAGAGGCGAUGCAGAGAACACAGCCACCAAAAGACAAGAAAUAAACAUGAGCGUCAUUUUCAAGUCAGAAGAGCCAAAAAAGGGUUUCUCACACCACCCAAGUGACCGGAAACCAUUCUUCCCCACCAGGAAAGCGGAGCGGUCCAUCACUGGCUUAACCAACCGGAAUCUUCUCCACGUAGCAGAAUUCCCUGGCGAUCUCAUGCUGAUGAAUCAGGAUUUCAUUUCACGGGGAGCCCUCCACACUGAGGCCACCAAGGCCAGCUUCCUGCGGGGAGAGAGCAUCUGGAAGGAGUAAAAGCACAAAUCCUCUCAUCAGUAUUAAAGUCCUCCUUA